AUGAAAUCAAACGAUGCAGGGUAUUCCGUGCAUCUAUCACAAGGGGGGCUUGGGACUCGAACCCAAAUCUUCCAUGACCCCCCACGAAUCAGCAAAAACGAAGCUACCAAUCCAGUACCUACUUUACUGAGCCAUUUAGUCAAUGACAGAUCCGCUUUGGCGUACUACCAAGUUUCACGUUGGCAUGUGACACUCUCCUUCCUUGCUUUUCCAUACGCUUGCUGGAGAAGGCCCUAUGGAGUAAAGGGAAGUGCAGGAAUGCUGUUUCAUCCUUCGAAUUCUGAAAGUGCUGUAAGGCGAGUGGAGCGAAGGAAGAAGCUCUUACUCACUGCCAGGUCCUCUGGUAACUCUAGUGCUCUGUUCCUAACUGCUGCAGCUCAAAACCUGAUUUGCCUCAAACUAGCUGAGGAACUUGGGGUGAUAGUCGCAAGCCCAUGGGUGUCUUGGUUUAAAGCUGCUAGUUUACCUGCAUUGAUUUCCCUUCUGGCAUCUCCAUUUGUAUUGUACAAGCUUUAUCCUCCUGAAAUCAAAGAUACACCAGAUGCCCCUGCUAUGGCUUCAAAGAAACUGGACCUCAUGGGUCCAGUCACAAGAAAUGAAUGGGUGAUGGUUGGUACAAUGCUUCUUGCAGUUUCUUUGUGGGUCUUUGGAGAAGCUCUUGGAAUAGCAAGUGUUGUUGCUGCUAUGCUUUGCUUAUCAAUGCUCUUACUGUUUGGGGUGCUUGAUUGGGAUGACUGCUUAAGUGACAAGUCAGCAUGGGAUACUUUGGCUUGGUUUGCAGUUCUAGUUGGCAUGGCAGGCCAAUUGACAAAUCUUGGCAUUGUAGCCUGGAUGUCUGGAUGUGUUGCUGUAUUCCUUCAAUCUUUUUCUUUGAGUUGGCCGGUCGCAUUUGUUGUUCUUCAGGCUGCUUACUUCUUUAUCCAUUACUUAUUUGCAAGUCAAACUGGUCAUGUGGGAGCUUUAUACUCUGCAUUUCUGGCGAUGCACUUGGCAUCUGGGGUGCCUGGUGUGCUGGCAGCACUUGCUCUAGCGUACAAUACCAGUCUGUUUGGUGCUCUAACACAUUAUAGCAGUGGCCAGGCUGCCGUGUACUUUGGAGCUGGCUAUGUAGACCUUCCAGAUGUAUUCAAAUUCGGAUUCAUAAUGGCCCUUGUCAAUGCCGUGAUCUGGGGAGUUGCUGGGACUUUCUGGUGGAAGUUCUUGGGCCUGUAUUGAUUUUCAAUUCCCUUGUAAGUAGAUGUUCUCUCCUUUGUUUCACGGUUAAGCAGAGGAACAUUCUCUUUCUAAGGAGAAACGCCAAAAUUUGGGCUUUUACCUUCUGCUUUGAGCUCAUUGUUAACGUUACUCUAGUGUAACAAUGCUCAUUGAAUUUCCACAGACGAAUAUAAUUUUUUCGUGGGAAUAGAAUCAAUAGAUGAGACAAAUGAAUUGUUAGGUGUGUCAUGAAUUCAUGAUGCCUCUGAUUGCAUAUAUGACCUUGAGUAAGGGAUCCGUGUGAGUAAUCUUUCCAUCUGUUGCAUAAAUGAUGGCACGAUA